AAUGAUAAAUUUGUAAAAAUAUCGAAAUUCAAAUUUUGCCGCCAAACAGCGCGCGCUGUAUCUUAACUCGAUCGAUUCAUUCGAGUUUUCUAACCUAGAGACAUCUUGAUCCUGAUCACUACUAUCGCUUUACGAUUGGUGGUAAUUUUAUAUUAUUUUAAUUCCAUUUAUAAAAUGUGAUAAUUCGUGUUUGAAAUAAUUCAUAUCAAUUAAUUAAUAUUAAUAGAUAGUUUGACGUGUCAAAUAAAUAUAAUUAUUAUCGUCUUUUUAUAUGACAAAGUGGUUAGUUGUACGAAGUUGCCGCAUAAAGAAUAGUGUGCGUGUAAUGUGUACACGUAUUAAAGUGUAAAACAUUAAAAUUUAAACAUUUAUAAAUAUGGCGAAUUUGGGUGAUACUAAACUUGAUAUGUACGAUGAUGCUACGUAUGCAGUGGAUCCUCAAAAUGUCGAAGGAGAGAUGACAGUAGGACCAAAACAAAAAUCUAAUCUUGGUGAACCUGAAUUCAACACAUUAGAUGAACCGAUAAGGGAUACAAUUCUUAGAGAUGUUAAAGCUGUAGGAAAGAAAUUCCAGCAUGUUUUAUAUCCCAGAGAGAAGAAAAGCUUAUUAAAAGAAUGGGAUCUUUGGGGACCUUUAAUGUUAUGCACAUUUAUGGCAAUGGUAUUACAAGGAUCAUCCGAUACAAGUGAUAAUUCCAACGAUGGUGGGCCUGAAUUCGCAGAGGUAUUUGUUAUAGUAUGGAUUGGGUCAAUUGUCGUUACAUUGAACUCAAAACUUUUAGGUGGUAACAUAUCAUUUUUUCAAAGUGUCUGCGUAUUAGGAUAUUGUUUAUUACCAACUACAAUUGCAUUAAUUUUAUGCAGAUUUAUAUUAAUAGUUGAACAGAAUGUUUUAUUGUUCAUAUUAAGAUUUAUCAUUACUAUGAUCGGAUUUAUAUGGGCAACGUAUGCAUCAAUGGCAUUCCUUGGAGACAGUCAGCCAGUUGGAAGAAAACCUUUGGCUGUUUAUCCUAUUUUUUUAUUUUAUUUCGUUAUCUCAUGGUUAGUAAUAUCUCAUACGACAUAAAAUCAAAUGAUAGCUAUUAAUGAUAUUUUAUAUAAAAGAGACUGUACAUGUAACUAAUUCGUCUUAGUAUUAUUAGACAUGUGAUUGUAAUUCAAAAUGAUAUAUGCAUAUAUAGAUGCUUUAUCAUUUAUGAUUGAUAUUAUCUGUCGUCUUCUUUACUUUUUUUUAUCAAUUACGAAGCAUGUAUGUACUAUGAAGUAUUAGUUGCUGAACCGUCGUUUUGUAUAUCUCUAUUAAAGUAUUUAUAUAUACAUAUAUACAUAAAGAAAAGAAACAAAAAAUAAAAUAAAUAUUUAUAAUAAUCUAUCUAAUAUAAUCUUGCAA